AUGCGAAAAGGCAGUCUAGCUCCUGACGCUUCGUACGAGUCGAAGUCGCAAAAGAGCUUUUGUGUGGAUCAUGCAUCUAUGUCAUCUGACCAUGGCCUUGAUGACGACAAAUGGCUGCGUUUAUCUUUUCCGUUUCCCCUUCCCCACGUCCAGAGGAAGCGUGAGCAAGACCUUGACUUGCAUGGUCAGCGAGAUUCCGUGCCGGGACGUCGUACGAUGCGCAUGAUUCACUUUCCAUUGACCCUUCCGACCACCGACUUUCCGAAUCAAGGUCAAGGUCAGCUGUCAGAGUUCUUUGUCCAGCGCCCGAUAUGGGCGAUGGAACCUUGCCGAACAUUGUAUUGUGCUGCAUUUGCCACAUACAUGCUAUGCUUGUAUGUUCCCUAUAAGGCUGUCAUAAAUAUUCCGCCAUGCAAUCGUCCACGCAGGUCGUGGACGUGGAAAAAAGCUAUGCUUGUCUCCCUCAUCCGACGAUGCACGGUGUUCAUUUGUAAAACCCAUAUCCUACUCACUGGACAGCCCAGCGAGAAGCCGCCGAAGUGUACAAAAAGUCUCUAUGUCCAUAUCGAUCCUCAAACCGUUCUUUCAGGAAGUGAGAGUGAAAAGCCGGGUGACAUCCGUGGGGAACUGGCACGGGCCAUGAAGCUGCAGCGUAUUAAGCCUGUCUGUAUCUCAGGCUUUUUUGUUGCGGCUCCCGAUGAGCCUAUCCCUGCUAGUGAUAGGGCCAUGCCUGAUGAGCGAAUCAUCGUGCAUUUGCAUGGUGGUGCGUAUUGGAUGGGCACCGCCAACGAGAAGAGUCCCAGUGCUGCCUUCUGUCGUGAUCUUCUUCGGCGUCUUGAGGGCGAAAAGGGUAUGCCACAGCGCGCCUUUUUGGUGGAGUACCGUCUAGCUCGGCAUGGCGACUACGAGCACGGUAGCUACCCUGCUGCGCUCCUGGAUGCCUUUGUGGCGUACUUAUACCUGAUUCGCACAUGCGGCUUCCGUCCUGAGAAUAUCAUUUUGUCCGGUGACAGUUCUGGCGGCAACCUGGCCCUUGCUUUGUGUCGAUAUCUCCGGGACGAAGGUGUGGAGAAUGUGCCGGGGUCCUUGCUGCUCUUGUCGCCAUGGUGUGACGUCUCGCGCUCGCACAGUGGUCCGUUACCCGCGCCCAAUCCGUUUUCUACGACUGUGCUCAACAAUCAGAGUGAUGUGAUUACUGCCUCCCUAUUGUACCGCAACUCGGCGGUGUGUCCCCUGCUGGGCCGUUUACCGGCGAGUGAGACGUACAAGAACCCGUAUAUUUCGCCCGUGUCGCUGCAGCUCGAUGCCCAAUCGGGUGUCUAUCCACCGCACUGGGGCUUUUGUGGCUUCCCUCGGCACGUGUUUAUUAACACGGGUCGUGCUGAGCUGAAUUCUGAGCAGCAUGUCACGUUGGCGCAUCGCAUGGCGGAGGGCACUGUGUCGGGUGUGCCGCAGUACUCGGGUGACUGUGACUAUUCGGAAGACCGAGCGCAUAACAUGUCGUGGCGCGACCAAUUUCCGCGCACGAAAGGAUGGGUAUCGAGGCACGACUCUCAUGUCCAGCGCCACGCGUGUGACCAGCGACCGCUAGAGAAUCGCCGCGUUGUGCUGGACGAGGCGAUCGAUGGCGUGCACAUUUACCCCUUCUUUUUGUGGUUUGAGCCGGAGCGGAGUGAUACGCUGGAUCGCAUUGCGGCCUGGAUUCGUGCGCUAUGA